UUCAAAUUAAAUUGAAGCGAACAUUUAUUUAGUAGAGAGAAAAAAGAUACGAACAAUAUGAAGGUCUUUGCCUCCAUCUCUGCUGCUUUCCUUCUCCUCAACAUGUACUCAGUUGGGGCCACCCUCCUCGAAGAAACAUGCAAGAACUUAACAUCUCCACCAAUAGGUCCAGCACGUGGCUUUGACUUUGAGUUCUGCAAGACAAGCCUUCAGGUUGCUCCGGGGAGUGAAAAAGCCGACGCUAUAGGUCUUACCAUUAUAGCGGCGAACAUAGCGCUCGUCAACUUCACACACAACAAGGCCAAGGCCACGGAGCUGCUGCAGGACAAGAAUUUGUCCAAGCAGAUCAGAAGAAUCCUUACUGAAUGCCAAAGUAUCUACAGCGAAGACGCCGUCGACCUUAAGAAAGCCAUAGACGCGCUCAAGUCCGGCAAGUUUGAUCGCAUGGAAGACGUUAUUAAUCAUUUGGGUAAAGCAGCGGACGAUGUCUUGGCGUGCAGGGACGGCUGGGAGUUUUCGGGGCAAAAGUCACUGAUGCCUAAAGAAGAAGAGAAUGCCGAAAAACUCAGCGAGCUUGCGCUCGCUGUUGCCUCUUUGCUUCCUUCACCCCCGUCGCCUGGUCCUUCUUUUUUUGGUUUUUAAGUCUAUGAUGCAAGAAUCGUGUAAGGAACGGUGCGUGACGCAUGCCGACGAAAAAUAAACGGUAC